UUUUUCUUUAAGUUAGCAGUGAAGAUUAAAGUUAUUCUUCCGAGAGGUAUUGUAAUCGGGCGUGAUAAUUUUAUUAGUACAGGACAAGAGACUAUAUUUUUUUAUUUUUAAGGAGUAGUUUGUUUUUUGAAGGAUAAUGGAAGAUGUUUCAGAGGUUUUUAAAAGAGCUUUAUUGAACAUGCACAAAAUGGAUGUAGCCCAAUCUACUCAAAAUCGAAAGGACCUUCAUAACAAUUAUCGCAAAGCAAAAAAGGACAAUGAGGCUUUGUUGAGAAGAAAUAUUGAUUGGAACAUAUCUCCCAUAAAUACUCCUAAACAAGAGGUGAAAGUCAGUUCUAAAAUUUUAAACAAAAAUAAAAAUGCAGACGUCCAGGAGCAUCCUAAAAAAAUUGACAAGAAGGUGAAUGAAUCAACAGCAGUACCUAACAAACGCCUAGAACUUUUAUCAAAAUGGAAAAUGGAAAGAGCAAAAGCAAAACAGCAAAAUAAAGCAAGAGCAAAGCCAAUCUUUAAAGUAUUCCAUGUUGCUACAGAUUCCUUUCCAAGUCUUGAAAAUGUUAAUAAAGUUAUAAAGGGUAAACCAAUUCCAGUUUUAAAGAAAUCUCAGUUUGCCCCAGUUAAUCAUGUAUUCCGUCCACCAAGUGGUUUGAAACCGAUAAAACAACUAACAAACCCAACAAUUAAGGGACUUACCAGGCAAUUGACAUUUGAUCUCUCGCCACAGAAGGCAUGUGGAAGUUCAAAAACAAGUGGAGUUCAUUGUGCUCUAGAAAGUGUCAAACUGAAAGAUCACAAAGUUAAUCCAUCAACUUCUAAAGGAACCCAGAGCAUAGUGAAGGAAGAUGGCAAAAAGAUCCCAAAAUUGCGAGUUCAUCGUGCUUCAAAAAUUAUUACACCUCAAUUUGCCAAAAAUAAUCCAUCUUUUCCUAAAGGGACACAAAAUGAAGGGAUGCAAAAUAAGAAGACAUUGAAAAAGGGCAUUAAAAAGAUUGAAAAGACCAAGACGCCCGAACCAGACCCAUGUCAAAAGGCAGAAGAUUCAGAUAUAAUAAACAAGAAUUGUGAUGGCAAUGCUGCAGUACAUCAAGGGGACACGCAAGCCCAUGAUUUAGAAGUAAUUCAAGAGAGCAACAUUAAGAGCCAAGAACCAGAGCCAUGUGAAAUAAAUAGCAAUUGUGAUGGAAAUAGCUCAAAACAACUAGAGGUCACCCAAACUCAUGAUUUAGAAGUAACUCAUAAAAACUACAUUAAGAUCCCAGAACCAGACCAAUGUGACAAGGCAGAACAAUCAGUCUUAAUAAACAUGAGUUGUGCUGGAAAUAGUUUGGUACAUGAAGAGGAUACACAAAUUCAUGAUUUAGAAGUAACUCAAGAGAACAAUAUCAAGGCUUGCUUGCGCCCAAGAAGAAAAGUUAAAGAUGAUGAAAAGGAAAAUGGUAAUACAGAAAUAGCUACACCAGAAAGAUAUAGUUUGAGAAAAAGAACUCAGAAAAAGUCUGUCUUAUGGAAUGUAUCAAAUACUUUUGAAACGCCAAGUAUAGUAAAACCGAUUACAUUUAGAAAGACUCCAGUAAGAAUUGCUAGUACAUCUCAGUCAGAAUGCCAGACUUCAGUAGAUAGGCACUCUACUUUGCCAGAUAAUCCCAUCGAAAGCAGUGAUUUAGAUAAGAGCUUUGAAUUUGUGAAAACGCCAUUGAAAUCUUCACUUGACUCAACUUCCCCAACUUUAUAUAUAAGCCCAUUUGUAACAAUAUCUAGAGGAAAAAAAUCAGCAAGAAACGAGUUUCACAGACGCAGUUGUUCAAAUAAUAUUUCUGUUUCUGAUAAGUAUACUAGCCCAAAGGCUGGGGCAAAGUAUUUUUCAAAUAAACUGGAAUUGGAAAUAGAACGAAUCGAGUUGAUGUGUGAGGAGUGGCGGCAUUAUCUGGCUUCUCCUGACAUACCUGUGGUCGCUAUAGACUCCAUUAAUGUGGCAAUAGGCCAAUCAAAACUACUGAUAUCAAAGAAAUUUGAACAAUUUCGUCGUUUAAUUGACCGCUGUAGAAUAAAUUCAAGUGAUGUUCAAACUGUGACUUGUCAAGAUCUUCAUGGGUUUUGGGAUAUGAUUUAUAUACAAGUGGAGGAUAUAGAUAAGAGGUUCGAAAACCUAAAGAGAUUGAAGCACAACAAUUGGGAGGAAAUGUUACAGCAGAAACCAAAAACACAAAGUACAAAGUCCCGGGGACGUCCAAAAAAACUAAAAAAACCAAAGACGUCUAAAAUUAUGGAAUUUAUCAAAGUGCAGAAACAGAAGAGAAGAGAAGAAAAUUCUGGCAAUGAAAUAGUUGUACCUAUAGUAGCAUCGUCUAAUGUAAAGGAAAACUCCUCUUUAAAACGUAGAAGUCAGAGAUUAUCCCAACUGUACAAUGAAACCAACAAACGAUGUAGUUCUUCACCAAGUUUAACCUUAAUGAAAAUAUCGCAAGCCAUCAAGCAAGGGCCUAAUGGAUUAACUCCAGCUAAAAGUAUAUUGAAAUCUGAAUCAACAAGGUCAACUGGAAAGAAGUCUGUGUUAUUUAAAGAAAGUUAAAAGGUGCGCUUUGUUUAUGUAGUUUCACGUAAUAAAAAAUAGGAAACGAUACACCACAUACUUUGUUAAGGUCGAUUUCGCUGGCAUUACGAUUUAUUUUAGGUUUUGCAUUAUUUGUCAAUAACUUUUUUAAAGCCUGAUGUUUUUUUGUGUUUUGUUGAUUUUUUAAAAUCCAGUUCAGGUUGCCAAAUAUAAGAAAAUUUACUGUUGGUGGAAUUUUUUAUUAUUUUUUAAAUAUUUACAAAAAGACAUUUUAAAAAUAGGAAGAUUUAACUUAGAUUAAUUGAACCUUAGGAGGAAACCAAAUAAAAAAAAAUGGCAAUAUCUGGAGAACUAUAGAUAAUCGGAAUAUACUACCUGAUACAAAUACUAAUUGGAGAAAAAUGAGUUUGGCCAUUUUUUUUAGUUUUAUUGUAAUUGUUAUUUUUCUAACAUCUUGUAAUAUUAAUAAUAUAAAUUGUUGACUCCCUGUAUACUCAUCCCAUUUAAUUAAAAAAAAAAGCGAGUUCUGUGAGUGUAGAAUUUCUGUUUAAUCUGUUUAGCGGCAGCUCUGAAGAAUCAUCAG